AUGAUUCAAGAAAAGAUGAAAGCAUCACAGAGAAAACAUAAGAUUUAUCAUGAUAAGAGGAGAAAGACUCUAGAGUGUCAAGAGGAAGACCAUAUGUUUUUUAGAGUCACUCUGGUGACAGGUAUUAGUCGUGCAGUGAAGUCUCUAAAGCUUACUCCUCGUUUCAUCGGUCCUUAUCAGAUCCUCCAGAGAGUCAGAGUUGUUGCAUAUCGUGUUGCCUUACCACCGCCUCUCUCGAACCUUUAUGAUGUUUUUCAUAUGUCUCAACUCUAUAAGUAUAUUCUCGAUCCGUCUCAUGUGAUCCAAUUGGAUGAUGUGCAAGUAGUAUGGGGAGGACCUGAUGGAGGUAGUGUGAUGUGGGAGCUAGAGAGUAAGAUUAAGGGGUCGUAUCCAGAGAUAUUCCCUUCAGGUUUAGAGUUGGAUUUGGGGGUAUAUGAUACAUUAGAGUUGAAUUUGAAGUCUUUUGAUAUUAUAUAG